AUGGUAUGACCUCCAAUCUAAGUAUGGGUGGCUUGUCAGUUUCUGGUUAGCGACUAACUAAUGGUUUUAACCGAUAACUGUUAACCGUUGGUUAGCGACUAAUCAAAAAUCGACGGUAUGUAACCUCGGUCGGUGGUUGGUAAGGGAGAGGGACUGUUUGGUUAGCUAAGUAACCGGAGACAAUUAACUGCAAUUACCCGACUAAACGAAGCUAACUGACCUCCGCCCAAUUAUUGUCAAAAACACAAUUUCUAGCCUAGUUUCUGCGUUCCCCCCCCCCCCCCCCAAAUCGAAACCUAACCGACUAACCCUAACAUCAUUCUCCCUCAUUCAUCGACCUCCACCUCCUCCACCCUCCUCCACCCUUCGUCCUUCGUCCCUUCUCCACUUCCGCCGCCAUCUCCCCUGCCCGAACUUGCCAGUUCGCCCGUCCUCUUCUCCGCUCGACCCCGCCAGUCCGCCCGUCCUCCCCUCCGCUAGCCCCCGCGACCCCCGAAUCUCCGCUUCGUCGCUCGCCCCCUUCCUCUUCUUUUCCUUGCUGCAACGACCAGACAGGGCCCCUAUCGCCAGUCCGCCCGUCCUCUCCUCCACUCGCCCCCACGACCUCGGAUCUUUGCUCCGCCGCUCUCCCCCUUCCUCUUCUUUUCCUUGCCGCAGCGACCAGAGAAGCAGAGACCGAAAACCAAAAUUUCGAUUGCACGACUAACCGAGCCAAAACUAGAAACAAAUCGGUCGAUUGAUCGGCUACCCGUGCAUCUCUGUCGGUCGGUCGUCGAUGCCCGUCUAGUCAUGGUUCUCAGUUUUCGGUUAAAUCAAAACCGACCGUAUUCAACCAAGCUAUGAGUCACUUAGAUUGGAGGUCAUAAUACAUAAACUUAUAUAGGAAAGAAAUGGUUGGAGUUGAAAUAUGUUAGGUGAUUGACUCUUCAUUUAUGUACUGGUACUGCCCACCACCAGCCAUGAGUAUCAUAUUUGAGUAGUGCCUUUCAUUCAUUCUUUUUCCUGUUUCUCCUUUUCAUUUGUUUUUUAUGCAUCUCUUUCAUUGCCAUUUUUCAGGCCUGCAAGCGAAAAAGCUACCCCUGUUAUGAUGGUUCAAUUUCAGAUUUAACCCAAUACCAAAAAAAAAAAAAAGGACAGUACAGAAGCCAAAAACCAAAUAUUCAACCAAGCAUCAUAAAGCCUAGCAAGCUAUUCACUCAUUAUUAUAAUAUAUUUUUACCGCGACCUAUCGCCCUACUACCCCAUCUAGUCCCACCCUCGAGUUGUCCUUUGCGUUACCCCCUUGUGUCUUCCACUGAGCAGCAGCAGACAGCAAGCAAGCAAAGCCUUUCUUCAUUUCUUUUAUCUUUUUACUCUUUCAAAAGGAACAAACACUUCUCCUUCCUUCCUUUCCACUGCACUUUUGUCCCCAAGCCUCUUCCAUUUCUCACACUCUCUACUUCCUUCCAUCUAUUUGACUUUCUGGGAAAAGAAACUCUGAAAGCAUGGCAAUGGCAUUGAGGCUGCAGCGGUUGAUGGUUUUGGUUUUGGCUUCCAUGGUGGUAGGCUCAGUUUCUUUAUCACAUCAUCCGGAUGAGAUUUCCAGGCUUCCAGGGCAACCCCACGUCAGCUUUCGCCAAUUUUCUGGGUAUGUGACAGUGGAUCACAAAAAGCACACUUCUCUUUUCUACUACUUGGUUGAAGCUGAAACAGAUCCAGCUUCCAAGCCAUUAGUUCUCUGGCUCAAUGGAGGUCCUGGAUGUUCUUCCCUUGGAGUUGGUGCUUUCUCUGAAAAUGGACCAUUCAGACCCAAUGGCAAGAAUUUGGUCAGAAAUGGUUAUAGUUGGAACAGAGAAGCAAACAUGUUGUACUUGGAGACACCAGUUGGGGUGGGAUUCUCUUACUCCAUCGAUAACUCUUCUUAUCUUGCUGUCGACGAUGAGGCAACAGCUAGGAGCAACGUUGUAUUCUUGCAAAGGUGGUUCAACAAGUUCCCUCAAUACAGGCAGAGGGAUCUGUUCAUAACAGGAGAAAGCUACGCUGGGCAUUACAUUCCACAACUGGCAAAGCUGAUGCUUCAAAUGAACAGAAAGCACCGGAUCUUCCAUUUGAAAGGGAUUGCAAUGGGCAAUCCGGUCCUGGAAUUCGCCACGGAUUUGAACUCGAGGGCCGAGUACUUCUGGUCACAUGGUCUGAUUUCAGAUUCCACGUACAAGCUCUUCACUUCCGCCUGCAACUACUCCCGAUAUGUGAGCGAGUACUACAGGGACUCUGUCUCCAACCUGUGUGCUGACGUCAUGAACCAGGUCACCACCGAGACCAGUAGGUUUGUGGACAAGUACGAUGUCACCCUUGAUGUCUGCAUUCCAUCGAUACUCUCACAAUCUAAGGUUAUAUCUCCCAAGGGAUUAUCUGAGGCGAUCGAUGUUUGCGUGGAGGACGAAACUGUAAAUUACUUGAACAGGAAGGAUGUUCUGGCGGCACUCCAUGCUAGGCUUGUUGGAGUCAGAAGAUGGGAAGUUUGCAGCAACAUUCUGGAUUAUGAGGUGCUUAACAUAGAGAAACCAACGAUUUCAAUUGUUGGAUUGCUUGUCAAGGCAGGAAUCCGGGUACUCGUUUACAGCGGAGAUCAAGAUUCAGUUGUUCCAUUAAUGGGUAGCAGAAGUCUCGUCCAUAGGUUGGCAAGGCAACUGGGGAUGAACACAACAGUACCUUACAGAGCUUGGUUUGCUGGGAAACAGGUUGGGGGGUGGAAUCAAGUUUAUGGGGAAAUGCUAUCGUUUGCAACGAUAAGAGGGGCGUCCCAUGAAGCUCCAUUCUCACAGCCAGAGAGAUCGCUUAUGCUGUUCAAGUCAUUCCUGGAAGGCAAGCAUCUUCCUGAAGUCUUCUGAGAUGCUGUAGUUAGUUAGUGGGAAGGUGAAUCCAGACUUUAGUUGUUGAGACUUUUGAUUGAUUGAUUGAUUUCAUUGUACAUAAGCGAUAUCAUGUGGGGUGUUUGAUUUGAUUUGCUCUCCCACAGCCCAAAAACAGGGAGGGUUUGGUGAGUGUUUGAGUGCCUUGUUCUUGAGCUGUUAAAUUUCCAUGCCGGGAAAAGAAGAGAAGAAUGAAACUAAUUUGAAAUGAAGGUAAAAUGUGGCUGCGGAAGCUAUUGAUUGCUCCUAUAAAGUGAUAACUAGAGUACAUGUCUACAUCCAAGGCAAAGUGGUUUCCCUUUUUGACAUAUUUUAUUGUAUCAGCACAUAACCAAACGAAACUGAAUAUGGGGUUUGACCGAACUUUUUGUAAUUACUAAUUAAUUAAUAUAGAAACAAACACCAUCAAGUGGGGAAAAAGGAGGCGUGGUGGGGUGAAAUAAAGUAUAGCGCAGUAU